AACGCGCGCGCGUACACCUUGCCUCCUCCCCUCAUCCUCUAGACACCUCCUCGUCGUCUUCGUUCCUCUCGUCGUUCCCCUCGUCGUUUCCCUCGUCGUCUUUGUCCUCAACACCCUUCAAAAACAUGUCGCAGUACGGUGAUGCUGCCGCUCCCCCCGUGGACCCUUACACCGAGGCUUACAACGAAGCACCUCCCGCACCUCCCGCUUCAAAUGGUGAAAGGGAGGUCCCCCCUCCCAGAGGCCGCUCCCGCUCCCGCAGCCCCCCAAGAGGAAGCGGUGGCUCCAAUUACCGUCGCUCGCCUCCUCCAAGACGUCCUCCUCAUGCCCCCAUUGUAUGUCGUUCUGUUCUCUCUCCCAAUUACCCAGGCGCUUACUUGGCGAAGCAGGCGCCCAACCCGUCCAACGUUUUGGGCGUAUUUGGAUUAAGCAUCCGGACCACCGAGCGUGACCUCGACGAUGAAUUCAGCCGCUUUGGGCGCGUCGAGAAGGUUACUAUAGUUUACGAUCAGAGAUCCGACCGUUCUCGCGGCUUUGGCUUCAUCAGCAUGUCUACCGUUGAAGAAGCAACUCGAUGCAUUAAGGAACUGAACGGCGUCGAUCUGAAUGGUCGUCGUAUCCGUGUUGACUACUCCGUCACUGACCGACCACAUGCGCCCACCCCUGGCGAGUAUAUGGGCCACCGUCGCCGCCGCGGUCGCGAUACAUACUCUGGUCGUGAAAACCGUGAUGAUCGCUACGGCGAUGAUUAUCGCGACUCGUAUCGCGAUCGCCGUGACCGAGACCCAUAUUCCCGUCGCUACGAUAGAGACGAUCGGGACCGUGAUGGAUAUGGAAGGGAUAGUCGCGACUGGAGGGAACGCCGGAGCCCUCCUCCCGCUCGUGGUGGAGGUGGACGUUACUCCCCUGACUACAGAAGGCGUAGAAGCUAUUCUCGAAGCCCUCCUCGUGGCAGCAGUCCUGUUCGUGGUGGCCGUGAAUAUGAUGCUCCUCCCAGCGCUGCUGCAACUAAUGGCGCCGAGCCUCGUUGGUGAUUCAAGACUCUCAGUGAGUGGCUUGAACUCCUCAAGGUUGCUGGAUCAAGGGUGAAGAUCGGGGUCUUGAAGAGAAGAGCUCUCAAGUAUUGAAGUUUGCACGGGCCGCAUCAAGUAUCCUAUUGUUUCGUCAUCUCUCCCGAAGACUCGUAUCAAGUUACUGUGCUCCUCCAAUUAUUCUGUAUUCUCCUUUGCUUCCUCGUAAUCUUUCAAUAUUGUGUUCUUGGCAAGCACAAGUAUCAAGUACCAAGUAUCAAGUAUCUUCGCGGUCGAUGAAGGUUCGGCGUUGAACAUGCGAAAACCGGUUCAAUCGAGGGGUGCAGAACCUACUAUGCGUGGCAAUGGUAUGUAUGCUGACAUUAGCCUUCCAUGGGAGACCCCAUCAAACUCUGGAGCAUAGCAAGCACAGAAUCCCUCAAUCUUGUUCCAAUCAUGGCAAGUUGGGUUGCUCGUCAGUUUCAGGGCGUGGCUGGCUGCGGAUGGCAACGGUGUGUUAUCAUGACUUCGUGGCCUGUUUGGAGCCUCACCAUGUAUUUACCUGUUGAGUAACAUGAAUAUACUGCAAUUUGGGUGUUCU